AGGGGAAAUGCGAAGCCAUGCAUUUCUCCAAAGUUAAACCAAACGGGAGUCUUUUGCAGGCUCUCUGUCUUAUUAGUAAAAUCCCUCCAAAACGAUGCUCUCUCUUUAAACCCAACUUCUCUCUCUCUCUCUCUCUCUCUCUCAAUUCUCUUCCCCGAAUUCUUGUCAAUCUGUACGGCCCCAGCAGGUUUCUCCCCGCCGAUUCGCGCCCCACCGUCGCCUGAUCGUCCGGCCGCUGCGACAUUCUGCCGGAGACCGCCGGUGAGAGCUCGGUCGGAGCCUGUCGCCUCCUUCGAUUCUGUUCCCUCUGUCUCACAUCUGAGUUCUGAGCUAAUUGACUCCCCGAAUUGCUGCGGAGACGGAGAGACGGUGCGUCCAGUUUGAGGUGGGGCUUGCGGAGAGUUGGUUCGGCGGGGUGGCCCUCCGCGAAAUUCAAGCGUCGCGCACAGCCACAGGGUUUGUCUUCUCCCAUCCGCGAAAUUCCCGUUAUGAAAGGUUUUUAGAAAAUCUGGAGUCGAUGGCCAUCGUUGCGAUCCAUUGAAACUAUCUCGAGUUUUGUUGGGAUCGGGAGCGGCGGGAGGUUGAAGAUGGAUCAAGCGAGGCAGGUCUUCUCGGUGGAUCUCCUCGAGAGGUUCGCGGCCAAGGGGCGCGGCCUGAUCACGUGCAUGGCCGCCGGUAACGACGUGAUCGUCCUGGGGACGAGCAAGGGAUGGGUCAUCCGCCACGACUUUGGCGUCGGAGAUUCUCACGAAUUUGAUCUCACGGUGGGUCGUCCUGGGGAGCAAUCUAUCCACAGGGUUUUUGUUGAUCCUGGAGGAAGCCACUGUAUCGCCAGUGUAACUGGCAGUGGUGGUUCUGACACUUUCUAUAUCCAUGCAAAGUGGAGCAAGCCCCGCAUCCUAAGCAAAUUAAAAGGUCUUGUAGUGAAUGCGGUUGCAUGGAAUCGACAGCAGAUAACAGAAGCUUCUACCAAGGAAGUUAUCCUGGGAAUGGACAAUGGCCAACUUCAUGAGAUUGCUGUGGAUGAAAAGGACAAAAGGGAGAAAUAUAUCAAAUUCCUGUUCGAACUGUCAGAACUUCCAGAAGCAUUCACUGGCUUGCAGAUGGAAACCGCUAGCGUAAGCACUGGAACUAGAUAUUAUCUGAUGGCUGUUACUCCAACACGACUCUAUUCUUUCACUGGAAUUGGAUCACUGGAAGCUGUUUUUGCCAAAUAUUUAGAUCGUGCUGUGCAUUUCAUGGAGCUUCCAGGCGAAAUACCUAACAGUGAACUGCAUUUCUUCAUCAAGCAAAGAAGAGCUGUGCAUUUUGCCUGGCUUUCUGGAGCUGGUAUUUAUCAUGGUGGCUUAAAUUUUGGUGCAACGCACAGUUUUGCCGAUGGAGACGAGAACUUUGUGGAGAAUAAGGCACUUUUGGACUAUUCAAGACUUUGUGAAGGGUCUGAGGCACUUAAACCAAGUUCUUUUGCAGUGUCUGAGUUUCAUUUUUUGCUUCUUAUCGCGAACAAAGUUAAGGUUGUAAACAGAAUCAGUGAGCAGAUAAUCGAGGAACUUCAAUUUGAUCAGACAUCAGAGUCACUUUCAAGAGGUAUAAUUGGAUUAUGCAGUGAUGCCACUGCUGGGUUGUUUUAUGCCUAUGACCAGAAUUCCAUUUUCCAGGUGUCAGUUAAUGAUGAAGGGCGAGAUAUGUGGAAGGUGUAUCUGGACAUCAAGGAUUAUGCUGCGGCUUUAGUAAAUUGUCGUGACCAGCUUCAACGCGACCAAGUUUAUCUAGUUCAGGCUGAAGCAGCAUUUGCCUCCAGGGAGUUUCUCAGAGCAGCAUCCUUCUUUGCAAAAAUAAACUACGUAUUAUCAUUCGAGGAGAUCACACUGAAAUUUAUUGGCGUUGGAGAACAGGAUGCUCUGAGAACUUUUUUGUUAAGGAAGCUCGAUAAUCUUACCAAAGAUGACAAGUGCCCAAUCACCAUGAUUUCAACUUGGACUACUGAACUGUACUUGGACAAGAUAAACCGGUUGCUCUUAGAAGAUGAUAUGGCCUUGGAAAACCGUAAUUCGGAGUGCUACACAAUUAUUAAAGAAUUCCGUGCGUUUCUAAGUGACUGUAAGGAUGUUUUGGAUGAGGCAACAACGAUGAAACUUCUGGAAAGUUAUGGUAGAGUUGAAGAGCUUGUGUAUUUUGCCAGUCUGAAGGAGCAGUACGAGAUUGUAGUUCAUCAUUACAUACAGCAAGGAGAAGCCAAGAAAGCAUUGGAAGUGCUCCAGAAACCUGCUGUUCCAAUUGAUCUUCAGUAUAAGUUCGCUCCAGACCUCAUCAUGCUUGAUGCCUAUGAAACUGUGGAGUCAUGGAUGACAAGAAAAGACCUAAAUCCAAGGAAGCUUAUCCCUGCAAUGAUGCGUUACUCAAAUGAACCUCAUGCAAAGAACGAAACUCAUGAAGUCAUAAAAUAUUUGGAAUUCUCUGUCCAUCGUCUGCAUAAUGAGGAUCCAGGCGUGCACAACUUACUUCUUUCCUUGUAUGCUAAGCAGGAAGAUGAUAGCGCCCUUCUGCGUUUUCUACAAUGCAAAUUUGGAAAAGGACGAGAAAAUGGCCCAGAAUUCUUUUAUGAUCCCAAGUAUGCCUUGCGCCUUUGCCUCAAAGAAAAGCGAAUGCGCGCCUGCAUUCAUAUAUACAGUAUGAUGUCUAUGCAUGAAGAAGCAGUUGCUCUUGCCCUGCAGGUUGAUCCUGAGCUUGCUAUGGCUGAAGCUGACAAAGUUGAAGAUGAUGAAGAUUUGAGAAAGAAGCUUUGGCUUAUGGUUGCCAAGCAUGUUGUUGAGCAGGAAAAAGGAGCAAAAAGGGAAAACAUUCGGAGAGCAAUAGCAUUUCUCAAAGAAACAGAUGGUCUUUUAAAGAUAGAAGAUAUAUUGCCAUUUUUUCCAGACUUCGCCCUUAUUGAUGACUUCAAGGAGGCAAUAUGUUCAUCACUGGAGGAUUACAACAAACAAAUUGAACAGCUAAAACAGGAGAUGAAUGAUGCAACGCAUGGUGCAGACAAUAUCAGAAAUGAUAUAAGCGCGCUUGCUCAGCGAUAUGCUGUCAUUGAACGUGACGAGGAAUGUGGGGUUUGCCGACGUAAAAUUCUGACUGUGAGCGGGGAGUAUCGAAUGACUCGGGGAUAUACAUCAACUGGACCAAUGGCUCCUUUUUAUGUUUUUCCAUGUGGACAUGCUUUCCAUGCGGAAUGUUUGAUAGCUCAUGUCACACGCUGUACCAAUGAAACCCAAGCAGAGUACAUAUUAGACCUGCAGAAGCAACUUACCCUAUUGGGUAGUGAAACCCGGAGAGAUCAAAAUGGUGGCAUAAAUGAAGAAUCCAUCACAAGCGUGACCCCAGCAGAGAAGCUGCGGUCACAGUUGGACGAUGCCAUUGCCAGUGAAUGCCCUUUCUGUGGUGACUUGAUGAUCCGUGAGAUUUCUUUGCCAUUUAUACUACCGGAAGAAGCACAACAGGUCACUUCGUGGGAAAUAAAACCCAGUCUGGCAAAUCAAAGGAGCCUCUCUUUACCUGUUUGAGAUGACUCGGUGAUUCCCAAGAAUCUAUUGUGCAUCUGUAUGUAUGUAUGUAUCCUUGGUGCAGAGCUGGACUAUAUCGUGUAACUGUUGGCGUUUGACACGGAUUUUGAUUGUUCUUGACCUUUUUCAAAUAUGUUCCACCUUGACUCAUCUAUUCAAUGAAAGGUUUUGUGUAAGCAGUCGA